AUGGUCGGGAGAAUAGAGUUGCAGGAAUGCCUGCGGGAUUCGCCGAAGUUCAGAUUGGUGCUGGAGGAGGAGGAGGCGUGCGUGGAUCAAUUGGAAAGUAAAUUAGAAAAAAUCCUGAAAGUCUGCGGGUCCAUGGUGGAUUCGGGGAAAACAUAUGUUGGUCAACAGAGCCUAUUUGCAAACAGCCUAUGGGAUUUGAGUACGCAUUUCAAAGAAGACCCAAUGGUUUUGUCUUCACUGAACAAGCUCAUUCACAGUCUGCAAGAAAUGAACAAAUUCCACACGAUCCUUUUGGACCAAGCCUCAAGGACUAUACUCAAGAACCUCACUUCGUUUAUUAAAAACGACAUAAAAGGUGUGAGAGACUUCAAGAUGCACUUCGAGAAAAUCUCGACGGAAUACGAUAACGUCCUGCUGAGGAAUUCUCAUACGCCCAAGAGCAAGCAGCAGGAGGUCGAGGAGGUUCAAAACGUGUUGGUGGCUGUUCGGUCGUGUUUCGGACACCAAACGUUGGACUAUGUGAACAGCAUCACUGUGCUACAGUCGAAGAAAAGACACGAAAUUUUAAGCACGCUGCUUUCCUACAUGCACGCUUGUACCACAUACUACCAUCAGGGCUCCGACUUGUGCUCCGAUUUGGAUUCGUUCUUCAAAACAUUGGCCGAAGAGAUAGCGACGAUGCGCGAGGAAACGUACAAGAUACAAAAGCAAGUGGAGAAUACCCAUGCGAAGGUAUCGAACAUCGAGCCCGUGUGUUUGAAGCAGGAGAAAAACGGCCCCACGAUGGAAGGUUACCUGUUCAAGCGCACUUCGAACGCUUUCAAGACGUGGAACCGCCGGUGGUUCUACUUGUACGAUAACAAAUUGGUGUACAGGAAGAGAUCUGGCGAAGACCAUGAGACCAUCAUGGAGGACGAUCUGCGAUUGUGUUCGGUCAAACCGGUGGUGGACGGCGAAAGGAGGUUUUGUUUCGAAGUUCUAUCGCCGCUCAAAAGCCACAUGUUGCAAGCUGAUACGAAAGAGAUGUUCGAUUGUUGGAUAACGGCUUUGCAAAAAGGCAUCGGGGCGGCCAUACAACGCAUACAAAGCAUCGAUUUCGAUAAUUUAAAAACCGACGGUACCCAACACAUUUCCUAUUCGAAUAACUUCGACGAUAAAGGCCAUAACAGAUCGGCGCAUAGCGAUAAUAACAACCGUACCAAAAAGAGAAUGUGGGAGCAAUUGAUAAAAAUACCGGGCAACAACGCCUGCUGCGAUUGCGGCAGCCCCAAUCCGAGAUGGGCCAGCAUCAAUUUGGGCAUUACCUUGUGCAUAGAAUGUUCGGGCGUUCACCGAAGCUUGGGCGUGCAUUACAGCAAAGUCAGAUCGCUAACGUUGGACGAUUGGGAGCCCGAGAUAAUAAAAGUGAUGGUGGAAUUGGGCAAUUCCGUUGUUAAUAAAAUAUACGAAGCGAACUUGCCGGAUGAUGUGGUGAAGCCAUCGGAUCAAUGUCCGGGAGCUCUGAGAGAAACGUUUAUAAAAGCGAAAUACGUCGACAAGAAAUUCGUGAAGUCUCUGCCGAAAUUCGAGAAAGUCUCUCCGACAUCGAGCCGAUGUUCGAGACCCUCGAGUUUAAUGGACGUGCGGAAAUGGAGCGUGAGAAAAAUCAGACGGAGGCCGAAGAGCGUCGAUAAAAGGGAUAAGAAACCGUUAAGAGUCGAAAAAUCCAAUGAAACCAACGACAUGAGCGAAAAAGAAUGUCCGAAAAAGCGCAACAGCGUGCUACUAUUCGGCAACGAUCUCGAUAAACAAUCCCUAGACGGAACGAUCGAUUUGAGUAGUAGCGAUCAAGAAUCCACCGGAGGCGAAGAGGAAAACGAGACAGUUGGCGAGGAAGACAUAUCCAAACUGCAGCCCGAUUUGUUGUUGUACAAAGCCUCGGCCGCUCACAAUCUCCCUGUGAUGUGCGAAGCCCUGGCCCUGGGGGCCGAUAAGUGCUGGAUAAACGUAGAGGAUAGGAGCCGGACGCCCCUGCACGCCGCCGUACUCAGCGGAUCCGUGAUGCCUUGCGCGUAUCUGAUCCUCAACGGGAUAAAGAUCAACGCGCAGGAUCAGGACGGGAGGACGCCGUUGCACAUGGCCACACAGGAAGGGCAUACGGCCCAGGUUUGUCUGUUUUUAAAACACAGGGCCGAUCAGCAUUUGGAGGACGACGAAGGGAAGGUGCCCCUUUCGAUAGCCGAGCAAAAGGAGCACGCCGAUAUCGUUACAUUAUUGAGGCUGGGAAGGCUGAACGAGGAGAUGAAGGAUUCGGAGAUGGGAGUGACGGGUGAUGAUACGUUUAACGAUGUGGUUAGGGAUUUUUCGAGAUUGGCCUGUACGCAUCCGGAGAAAUUGCAAAGGGCGAAAAUGGAGGAGGAUAAAAGUGAUCGAACUGAUUAG